AAUGUUGUUCGUAGUGGAAAUCAGGAUAUUGACAAUCUGAUCAAAGCAACAUACAAGAAUCAACUUAAAUUUAGAUUAGAAUGGAUACCAUUUAACGAUUUUACAGAUAUAACCCAAAUUGGAACUGGUGGUUUUAGCGAAAUAUAUACUGCGACAUGGACAAAAGGAGAAAUAACAGGUUGGAGCAGCACAAAAAAUGAAUAUAAUAGAAGAAGGAAUCAAACGGUUGCAUUAAAAAUUCUUAAAGAUUCCCAAAAUAUUAAUUCAGCAUUCGUAAAAGAG